UCAGAAAGCUCCAGCCAGUCGGGAAAGCUGGACGGAGACGAAGUGAUGCCUGUAGGUCUUUCAGUACACUGAGUAGGCUAUGUGAAGGGUGGACUGCGGACUGGACGUCCAGAGACCCACGUUCCUCACGUACGACACUGUGUCUGCAACCGUGAGCCUUGUUCACUUCACCAAGUAUCCUCAGUAAUGGGAUUAAAUUCUCCAUAACAUAAAUAUUUUACCUAGCUUUUACAACGCUUUAAUCGCGAAUCGUGUCGUCUGAACUGUUUGUUGCGGUGUCUGUGUGUGGUUGGCGGCUGCGCUGUAACUUGAAAUCGUGAGCAGCGUUAUUCGCCAGUCUUGGAUAUUCAAUGAAACACGCUUGCAGAUUCAACAUCGCUGCAAGCCUCGGGAGGUCCUGCGUGCUCAGUUGGUCUUAAAGGAGCCGUCAAAGCAGCAGGCAAGGGUAAAAUGACUAUGUCCGUCCCAGAGAACAUAUCGGGGUCCGGGGGGAAAGAGGAGGAGAGUGAAGAUGAGAGCGAAAUCCUGGAGGAAAGCCCCUGCGGCCGCUGGCAGAAACGACGAGAGCAGGUCAGUCAGGGAAAUGUCCCAGGCAUCGAGAGUGCGUACUUGGCCAUGGACACCGAAGAGGGGGUGGAGGUGGUGUGGAACGAAGUGCAGUUUUCAGACAAGAAGGUUUUCAAGUCCUUUGAGGAGCGGAUAAGAGAGAUGUUUGAGAACCUGAUGCAGGUGGAGCAUCCCAACAUCGUGAAGUUUCACAAGUAUUGGCUGGAUAUGAGGGAAAGCAGAGCGAGGGUGAUUUUUAUCACCGAAUAUAUGUCAUCUGGAAGUCUCAAGCAGUUUCUAAAGAAGACCAAGAAGAACCAUAAAACUAUGAAUGUGAAGGCUUGGAAGCGGUGGUGCACGCAGAUACUUUCUGCACUCAGUUACUUACACUCAUGUGAUCCUCCCAUCAUUCAUGGGAACCUGACCUGUGACACCAUCUUUAUCCAGCACAACGGCCUCAUAAAGAUUGGUUCAGUGUGGCACAGGCUGUUUGUUAACGUAUUUGCUGAGGCAAUUCAUGGGAAUGUGCACCAGCAUCGAGAUGAAGUGCGGAACCAGCAUUUCUUUGCACCAGAGUAUGGCAUUGCUGAAGAUAACUACGCCAUUGAUAUAUUUUCAUUCGGAAUCUGUGCCUUGGAGAUGGCAGUGUUGGAAAUUCAGGCCAAUGGAGACACUGCUGUUGCGAAAGAGGCCAUUGAUCAUGCUGGACAGUCACUUGAAGACCCUCUCAUGAGGGAAUUUAUCCAGUCGUGUGUUCGCACAGAAGCCAAAUCAAGACCCACUGCUCAUGACCUGCUCUUCCACCGAGUGUUAUUUGAGGUGCACUCAUUAAAACUGCUUGCUGCACACUGCUUUAUCAAUAACCAGUAUCUCCUCCCUGAGAACUGUGUGGAAGAGAAGACUAAAUCUUACGACCCCAAUGGCAUCAUGGCAGAGAUUAAUCAUCGCAAUCGACCUGGAGUUCAUCUAAAAUACUCUCACGUCUCUCCUCUGGAGCUGGACAAAUUCCUUGAGGAUGUGAAGAAUGGUAUAUAUCCCCUGAUGAACUUUGCUUCCCAGCGGCCGCAUCCGAUCCCUCGCGCUCUUUCUCUGUCACAGGAACAGAUGGAGACUGUGAAGACCCCAACGCCAGAACCACAAGAGACUGAAACCAGAAAGGUUGUCCAGAUCCACUGUAAUUUGGAAGCAACUGAGGAAGGCACAAGGAGUCAUCUCUCUUUGUUUUUAAAGAUGGAUGACAGGCUUCACCGUCAACUUAGCUGUGAUGUUUUGCCAUCUGACAGUCCAAAAGAUUUGGCUAGUGAGUUGGUUCACCAUGCUUUCAUCAGUGAGGAAGACUGUGAGAAGCUGACAUGUUUUCUUGAGGAUGCGUUAUGCAAGCACUGGUCGGGGACGUCCACCUCCCCUACUGCCAUGGCUGUGAUGUACUAAAACCCAGCUGGUCUUGUAAUAGACAAACAAAGCUUGAAGUUUGGGUCAGAGAUCUAGGCUGACAGGAGGGAUACGUGACCAAAAGCACAGGAUUAUAUAAUGAAGGUCAUGACAAGAUGGCUUCAAAGUGAGCAGCUGGUUUGCACCACACCACAUGGUACCUGCACAAACUCCAAAGAGCUCCAACUGUUAACCUGGAUCUUGAAGUUUGAAUUUCUGCUGUCAUCUCACCAUGACGAAGAAAUGCAUUUUCCAACAUCACAUUUCCUCUUUCAGUGCCAGCAUUUUGGGUUGUGAAUUAUUAUUAUUUUGUUCUUGAUGAAUUUUAAAGAAUUUUUAAAAAUAUCCCUCCAGGUCAUCAUGCCUAUGGCUUCAUCCAGGCUCAAAGGACAGAAUUUCACAAAAUGGAGGAUUUUAGGAUGACAGAGCUUUGGGAAAAUUAGAUAGGAGGCUAAAUGUAUAAGAAAUGAUUGCUGCUUCCAUCAGGCAAUAUGACUGGAGUUGGUUUGUUCCAGACUUAAAUGUAUUAUUUAUUCUUUUUAAACUUGAUUACAUAGUCUUGCUUUACAUGUUGUAAGUUUCAAACAAGAAAAUGUAUCAAAAUGUUUAGUUCUACUUAUUUUGGAUUAUCUUUUGUAUGUUUUAACAAGCUGGCGUUGAGCAAACGAAUGUAUGGUACUAUGACAAAAGUGCUCUUGGCACCCGGUAAACUAAUAGAUCUCUAUUUCAACAAUUUUUAAGACCUUUAAAAUUUUUUAAAAUGUCUUGCUCUUAAUCUUACAGAGUUUAAAAUGUCUCGGAUCUGAUUCCAUGAAGCUAUGUUGAUCUCAAAUGUUUUUCUCAUAGAGACUCUAAUGAACUUUGCGUUAUGUUUGUAAACAAUGACAACAUCUUAGAAUGGUUUAGCUCACUAACAUUUGGAGUCAGUAUGAUUUUUUUUUGUUUAAGUAAGAUUUUUAUCCAACAAGGACUUAUUAAAUUGAUAGUAAAGACUUAGAUUUGCACAACAAAUCAUAUUUUGAAACGCUGUUCUUAUGAACGUUCUAUUAAUGCUUAAAAUAUCAUGAUUUUCACAAAGAUACACUCUCAGAAAUAAAGGUACAAAAUCUGUCACUGGGGCAGUUUUGUUCCUACACUCAAAAUAGUUUUUUUGCUUGUUCAAACUACUUAAUUAAAAUGAGCUGAAACAACACAAUUCUUGAGAUUUCAUUGGGACAACUUAAAUUUUUAUGUUUAAUCAACAUAAAUUUGUUUAAGUGUUAAGUUAACUUAAUCGAUUUGUGUUGGGUCAACAUGAAUAAAUUAUGUGAAAUCCUGCAUUUUUUACAGUGUAACAGUUCCUUAAAGGUACAUUUAAAUACCCCAAAAGUUCAAAUGUAUACCUUAUAUUAACUUAAAGGUACAAAAGUGAACAUUAAAGGUAAAAAGUGUACCCUUAAGGUACUAAUGUCCACCUCUAUGGUACAAAAGUCUACCUUUUGAAAAGGUAUACCACCCCAGUGAAAGAUUUUGUACCUUUAUUUCUGAGUGUGUAUGAAGCAACUAAACUGUUUUUAACAAUGAUUAUAGGUAGAAACACUUCUUGAGCACUAAAUAGGAUUUUUUUAAGUGUGAAAUCAGCGAAUUCAGUGUUAAUUCAGCUAAAUCAACGACUUUUUGACAGCUAUUUUUAAUUAUAAUAAAAUUCCUGAAUAUUACUUCAAGUAAAUGCAAUCUAAGAGAUAAUGCUUAGACUUUUUAUAUUUUACAUCAUACUUACUUCAAGUGUACACGAAUGUUUAAUUUGAUAUUUGCUCAGUUUUAAUCAAUAAAGCAUCUGGUUGUAUUUUAUCAUGAAAUUGAUUCUAAUCAAUAACUUUCCAAAUCAGACAUUUUUAACCAAAGCAACGUGAUGCAAACAUUUAAUCAUCGUCAGUGUACCAGUGUUGACAUGAGAUGUUUUUAAUUGCCUUCCUAAUGUGAAUAUGAGCUGGUCCUAAAUAGGCUGACUGCUCAAAGGUGUUUAACACAGUAUAUGGGCCAAGUUUGCUUUUCUUUGUCUUUUACACUGCUAAUUAACACAUACAAUAAACUGAUCAUUGACUGACUUAGAAGAAGCAAGGUUUACUAUAAUAAAUCCCUCAUUUGGGUGUGAAGGGCUGUCUGACAUCUACCACAGUAUGCGCACAUUUUUAUGUCAUGCAAAAUAUGAUUCCGACACUACAUUGUAUGUAUUCUGCGUAUGAGAACUUGAACCGUGUCAAGGCCAAAGAUGUACUGGGUGCAGUGCUGGCAAGUGUGGACACUAUAUAGCAAAUAUAACGUCCUGUUAUUGAUCGACGCUGUUUUUGAUUGCAUAUUUACAACAGUGUUCGUUCUGUGAAACCAUCCAUAUUGCCAUUGCCGUCCGAAGCAAUAGUAUCAAUUUUAGAGAUGCUUUCAGUACUGUACUCUAAUGGCUUUGACUUCCCAGCAUCUCUUGGCUUCAGAAUAUAUGUGCAUGUCAGAAAACGAAUACUUUUAUGGAAUUAUAUAUUUUUAUGUUAUAUUGGCAUGGUUUUGCGAUGGAUGUAUUGCAGCUUUUUUAACUAUUAAAGAGAUAUAUUAUCUCCAUUCGUUCUUACAGAUUCAAAUGAUUGUUAUGAAAAAAAGCAGUCCAUCUUCCCAGUGUUAUUAUGAGACUCAAAUGUCUUGCAAUGUAAUGUAUGUAUGCGUAUGUAUGUAUGUGUAUGUAUGUAUGUAUGUAUGUAUGUAUGUAUGUAUGUAUGUAUGCAUGUAGAUAGAAGAGAUGAAUGUACAGUGAGCUGUUAAAGUAUACUCUUCCUAAUUCCUGGUGUCCUUUCUCAUCUGAAUGAAUACAUUAACCAGACCUUUGCUUUGGGCAGUUUUACUUUAUUUUAUUAUUUUUUAUUUGUGUUGAAACUGUAUACUGUGACAUGAAAUACUAUAAUAUUAAAAUAUAUAAUGAAUACUUUAA